AUGGAUAUGGCUGUGGCUUGUCUCCCGCCCUUCUCCGACUUUCGUCAGGGCAAGAAGAAGUCGACAACCUCUUCUCAAUCGCUCGCUCUUGGAGGCGCCCAACACUCAAAAAAUGCCGACCGGAAUACUAACCUUUUCGCCCGUUCUUUUCGUGAUAGCUUCAAUUCGAGUUACUACGGCAAAGACUAUCGAGCGGGCGCUGCCCUGCUUCGAGCUCGUCGCCCCUAUCUCGUCAAGAAUGCUCUGACUGGAUUGGGGCUGUGUCUGUUUACUGUCGGCGUUUACUCAUUCACAAUCCGUGCUGUCGGACAAGAAGAUUUCUCCGAUGUCGUUGUCCCCGACGCUCCACAGCAAAGCAACAGCCAGAAGAAUUAA